AUGAAUGGAAGAUACUUGCUUCUUACUUCAAUUCUUCUGGAAGCAUUAUGUUACGGUGUUGCUAGUGGGGAAAGUCUAAUAUUGAAACGUGGUGCUAAAUUUAAUCUGAUUUGUGAGGGUUACAGAACCACGCUAUAUGAUUGCCGUUGGGAUUUCGAAGACAAGGACGGAAAUGUCAAGGGGCAUCCCCCUUGUGGUGGUGCGGAAUCAGCUGGUUAUGCGUCAGAAAGUGGAGUGUAUAAAUGUUAUGUGAAGGGACCAAAUGAUAAAGAAUUCAGGCAUACAAGUACAAUCCCAGUGACGGUUUUCAAAGAUGCUCCACAAAAACCCAAAGUCGUGCUGAAAAAGAUCGAUGUUCGACCAAGAGGAAUAGAAAUUUCAUGGGAAGCGGAAUCGAUAGAAUACGUGCCAACGCGAAAGUACAUGGGAUUGUUCCCAAAAGGGAUCGUGGCGCACGUCUUGGGUGUCUUUCAUAACAUAUGUCCGGAAACUCAACUGAGCCUAGCCCUCCGUCACUUCCAAGGACCUAUCAAGAGGAUCAAAGUUUACGUCACAAAAGCUGGUUUCCCAGAGGAGCUGGUAACUGAAACAGCUGAACAGAGUGGAAACGUCACCUACGCCGUCAACAACGAAGGUGGUAGAUUCAUAGUGACUGUUACUGAUACUUUUGUGGACGAUUUGACUAGUAAAAGUGAAGAAGAAGAAGUCUCAUUUGAGACUGUAGACGAUAUCAAAGUGAUUGACCUCAAACAUGAAGUCGACCUCAAUGAUAUUACCCUUAAAUGGGACGCCACAGGAAUGCGAAAAGAUGAACAACCAGUAUAUGAAGUGAGAGUAAUGACCAUGAAAAAAGGCUCGAAAGUCCUGAACAAAACAAUCAAAGCAACCGAAAAAAUCACUAAGUGGAAGAUAGAAUACAGACCUGAGAAGUAUUUUGUUAUCGUGGUAGCGACAAUCGGAUUGUAUGAGGGACCUCCGAGCACUGAAGUAACCGUCGAUGUGACAGAAUUGGCUCCCACGGAUACACCGUCAGUGGUAGGGGCAAAAGUGAACAGUCCUGCAGAAGUCUAUAUUAUGUUCAAGCCAUUACCUCUGGAUAAACUUCCUGGCAUUGACCUUGGCUGCAAGGUGUAUUUAUGCUUAGAACAAAGGGUUAACAUUGAUUGCAAAGUGAAAACUGCUGGUCCUCGUGUGGACAAGGUGCUAUACGAGGAUCUCAUCGGUGGAAGGCGCAUACUCCAUACGGGUUUCAUUAACGUCAAAAAACUUGAAGGACCUGGACCUAUAUUUGGUCAUUCUAUUCAAGGGGUGUAUUGGGCAUCUGUUCAAUGUUUGACUGGGGCUGGACCUAGUCCAAUGUCGUCAUGGAUAUCCGUGGAUGUCGCAAAAUCUGUAGUAGCUCCAAGAGGCAAAGGGAUCGGUGCUCGAAGGGCAGAUGGUAAAUACGUUUUGGAUCGUAUAUUGACUGAAGAUCGCGGUUUACGAAGCGUGGAUGCAGGGCCAGGCAAGACAAAAGCUGGAAAGGCAGCAAAAGGUACACCUAAGAAAAAGAAAGGCAAACAAAAAUCCAAAGAUUCCAAAUCCAAAGACUCCAAAUCCAAGGACUCCAAAUCCAAGGAUUCAAAAUCCAAAGACUCCAGAUCCAAGGAUUCUAAAGGAUCUAAAGAGGCGGAGAAGCAAGAAGAAAAGUAA